AAAACACAAUGGGCAAACAUAGAUUGUGCUGCUUGGGAGCUGACCAUUAAAGCAUCCACUGCAACCAUCCAGUGAUUUUUCCGGUCGGGUGACAUCAUGGAGCAGGUGGAGGAGGCGCAGACAGAGGGUGAGGGAAGCCCUCAAAUGGUCUCCUUAAGAUCAGACAACCAUGUGGAUGACGGCGAAGUGGGACCCUCCAUUCGGAGGAAGAGAAGGAAGAAGAAAGACCCGCGUCCAGAGUCCAUCAUUGUGUACCGUUCCGAAAUAGAAAGGGCACCUGGAGAGGAGAACUGUGGUGAUGAAGGAGCAGAGAGGAGCACAGAGGAGGGUGCUAAAUUCCUCUCUACACCAACAAGUGAAGGAGGAGCUUGGAAUAUUCCUCCAGACAGUCGCUAUGUGACACUGACCGGCACCAUCACCCGGGGCAAGAAGAAGGGUCAAGUAGUGGACAUCCAUGUCACAUUGACAGAAAAGGAGCUGAGAGAACUGGCCAAGUCAAAGGAACGUCUCGAUGCAGAGUGCGAGGCUGGAGAAGGAUUCAAGCGUUCAUGCAGCCUCGGUGUGUGUCAAGGGCCCCAUGUUGUUUUCUGGAGCAUCUCCUGUGCCCCUGUGGUGUUUCUCCUCUCCUUCAUCACCUCUUUCUACUAUGGUACCCUCACCUGGUACAAUGUCUUCCUGGUUUACAAUGAGGAGCGGACGUUUUGGCACAAGAUUACGAUUUGCCCCUUCCUCAUCAUCUUUUACCCCAUGCUCAUCAUGCCCAUGGCACUGUUGCUGGCUCUGUACUCUGCUGUGGUUCAGGUGUCCUGGGCCUUCAGCGAGUGGUGGCUGGCGGUGCGAGACUUGGAGAAGGGCUUCUGCGGCUGGGCCUGUGGGAAGCUGGGCUUAGAAGACUGUUCCCCAUAUAGCAUAGUGGAGCUGCUUGACUCUGACACAGUAUCUGGAACUUUGCAGAGCAAAGCUGCCAGUGAACAUGCCCAGACAUCAUCAGUGUGAAAGGGGGCAUUGAGUUCUAAGACACAUAUUAACUAAGGCCUAAAUCAAAGCUGCCAACACUUUCAACAUGAUUAAGGUUCAACAUGGAGAAAGUUCUUUCUAUUAUAGCAAAGCAUACUGAACAAAGCACUCCAUGCAACAGCAACAA